UGGCUCUGUACAGUUAGUGAAUGACCGUGCUGUUCACCGUCAAAUUUACUUUGGUGUUUGCAUUCCAAUUGGAAGCAAAUUUCAAAUUUUGUGUUAAAAUGAGGAAAUUACGCAAUUUUUUUUUUUUGAUUUUCAAUGAAAUUAUUGAAUAAGUAUGUAAUAGUAAUGGAAACAGUGUCAGCAAAAAACAAUAAAAGUCGUAAAAUUUUGUUUCAUCACAGAGAAAAUGUGCGAAAUCGUGAAAAACUACACUUUGUCUAGCUUGUAAACCGAGCUUUAUGUCAAUCGCUUGUACGAACGACAUAUUGCGUCUGGCAACACCAGUCGUUAUAGUAUGUAUGUUACAAUGGUAUUUGACGUUGACGUGUCGUGAAAACGUAGAACCUAUCGCCAAUAACAUUUUUUUGCCUAAUCGAUUCGAUUCUGUAUGAGAAGAGCUCAGUCGUCGGCGCUCCAAAACUAACGUUCCAAAUUAAAUUAAUUACAAUAAAUUCGAGUCCAGACAAUAGACACCCGUCAAAAUGUAUCGAAAUCCAUUUUAUUUGUUAGCUAUUUUGAGUAUUACGCUAAAUUGUGUGACCGGUUUGUACUUCCAUUUGGCCGAAGGAGAACGAAAAUGCUUUAUCGAAGAAGUGCCUUCAGACACUAUGGUUACAACACAUUACAAAAUUGAGUUGUAUGAUUCACGCUCAGGCGGCUUUGCACCACCAAGUUUAGGCAUUGGAAUGCAUGUUGAAGUGAAAGAUCCAGAUGACAAAGAAAUCUUGUCUCGUGUGUACAGUGCCGAAGGUAAAUUCCCAUUCACAUCACACACACCGGGCGAGCACACCAUUUGCUUGUAUUCAAACACAUCGCAAUGGUUCAGUGGAUCCCAAUUGCGUGUCCACUUUGAUAUUCAAGUUGGUGAACAUGCCGUUGACUAUGCUCAAGUGGCACAAAAGGAAAAACUCACCGAAUUGCAACUCCGUAUCCGUCAAUUACUCAACCAAGUAGACCAAAUCACCAAAGAACAAAACUAUCAACGCUAUCGCGAGGAACGUUUCCGUCAAACGAGCGAGAGCACAAACAAACGAGUAUUGUGGUGGUCAUUGGCUCAAGUUAUCGUUUUAGUCGCUAUGGGCUUCUGGCAAAUGCGUCAUCUCAAGACAUUCUUCGAAACGAAGAAAUUAGUUUAAGACUUUAAAAAAUCCAUCAAACAUUUUGCUAAACGAAUAUUUUGUGAUCCAUUUCCAUAAUCGAAAAGUAAACACAAUUUGUUCAAUUUUGUAACGGGUUUCUACAUCCGAUUCGAUACCGUAUUUCUUUGUUUUUUUUUUUGGUACUCUAAAUGUUCAUCAUCUGUCAGCGUGGCGAUUUAAAUUUAAAUUUUCUUAUGUUCGAAUGAAUGAUUUGAAUGAAAAUAGUGAAAUAAAAUGAAAGAAAAAUAUGAAGAAACAAAACUGUAAUUUAUGAAAUCGAAUAAAGAUGAAUCUUUGUUUGGCAUUGGUACAACUCAAUGCAUAGGUAAA